AUGGUUGUUGUGGAAAACGAGCAUGGUGGUCAUUUUGAUGACUCGGCGUGCGUGUCUGCGCUGCAACAGCUUCGACAACAGCAGCGGCGGGUCUUGUGCAACGGUCAAUCGAUUGAAAAUUGGAAAAACACUGCAUUAAGACUGCAGUACGCAGAAUUUUUGGUGUGGGAAGCCCCUGCUCUUGAUGAUAGCAACGUGCGUAAAAGUCAUCAGCAUCGAACAGAAUGCUGGCCUAAACAGGGUCUUCAGGUGGAGAGGUCAUCUGUGGCAGCGGUGAUGGAAGCGUACGGCAAAUCGUCAAGUGUCCAUAGGGCUUUGUGGAAGGCGUCCUCCCAGAAGGACGUUACUCCGCGACAUUUGAAUGCUUUACUGUUGGCCAUGUCUUGCCUCAGCUUGCGGCGUGUUCGCAGCGAAGUCGAGCCGGAGUUACGCAAGAUUGAGGAGAUCAGCUUGGGUUGCCAACUUAGCCAGUCCCAGAGCAUGCAAUACCGAAACGAGCUUGCCGGAUUCACUGCAACACUGGACAGUGCCAGUGGCCGUGAACAGCGGCUAAGUGUUUGGCUGCAACUUCUAUUGCGUCUCCGUCAGAUUUGUAAUUGCGUUGAUCUUGCAACCGACAUGGAAAAGUUGGGGCAUGCUGAUUUGCGAUUGCUGACUAGUUGUUCAGCAAAACUAGAGGCGUUGGAACCGUUGCUACGUCGACUAGCGCUUCAGGAAGGCAAGAAGGUGGUGAUAUAUUGCCAGUUUCACGGUAUGUUUCCUGUAUUAGAGCUGUUUCUUUCUCUGCUAGACAUUAGCUACGUGCGCAUUACUGGCUCGAUCUCCAUGCAGCGUCGUGCGCUUUAUCAUUUUGCUGAUCGCCCUGUAGUUCGCGUAGCACUCGCCUCUACUCGGUUGUCCACGUCUUACGGAGGUCAUGCAGUGUCAGUAUAUGGUAGUGAAGCCAUUGUGGUCGUUGAUGGUGACUGGAAUGCAACAUGUGACGCAAAACUUCGGGCAAGCUGGGCCAAAUUGGCUGCUUGUGGUGCGGACACUCUUCCAGUGUACCGACUGCACUGUGAAAAUACUGUCGAAGCAUCAUUACUGCGCGUGGGGGCUUCGCUUACUGAAAAAGUAUUCGGCAAAAUGAGUCCAUUAGAAUUGCUUGCAGUACCGUCGGACAUGGCGUCGAUGAUUGAGAAACCUAGCUGGUGGUCUUUGACCAGUAGUAGUUUGAAUGGGCUGACGGCCGGUGGGCUAACAGUCGAUCUUGCCAGUGUGGCUGACGAGGUGGAAAGAAAUGAAAAGUAUUGCGGCGGUCCUAAUGAGUUGGAAGUACCUCUCAUUGUACACAACGUGGACUUGCAUGCAGAGGAGCAUCUUCUGCUGGCUAAUACGGACGAGCUAACUCCCGUCGAAUGGUACGCUGUUGACUACGUCCACGGCAUUACCGACAAAAAACAGCAAAGAAGUGACGAGAGGAGAGCUGAGCGAGUCGUUGCAAGCAUUGAAGACGAAAGUAGUCAUUCUUGGAAUGAAAGUGGCACGUUGUUACAAUCGAACCAGCGCUCAUUUGAUAACCUUGCUGUCUUACAGGCUAAACGUCUGUGGCAAGAAGGUGAUGCCGCAGCGCAACUUUUUUACAGUGUCAAAACUCGCAAUGGUACAGUGGAUAAAAGCGCGCUUGAAGAACUGUUCAUGCAGAUGCGCAUGCAAGGCAUGGAAACGUGUUUUGAUGUCUACGAGCCCCCACGAGUACCUCGCUUGGGGACCGCAAGAUUACAGCCAGUGGUCCUGUUUUCAACAGCUGCUUCGAGCAUCGACACUCGGAUGACGUUUCGGAUAUCGUAUCGUGUGCCGGCUCCUUUGCCACCAGUUCCUCACGUCGGAAAGUCAAAGUUUGAUCACAUUGUCGGCCAGCUUGGGGAUGCAUCUAGACUUACCAAGCUUAGCAAGAAACAGCGGGUCAGCCUCGCCGCUGUGGCAGGAUCCCGAGCUAGUGUGCAUGGGUCUGUUCCUGGUUCGAGCUUGACGAAUCUACCAAGUAACUCUGCCGGUGUUAAACGAAAGCUUGAAACGCAGUUGACUGGGAUAAAGUCGGGGCUUCAAAAGGAGCGACGUGUGGACCUCGAAGGAAUUCCUGUUCCCGACGUAUCUGAAUUCGCUGAUGACGAUUUCUGGGGGGACACGAACUUGGAUGCUCUUGAUUCCGCUGAGUGGGACGAUCCUGCUCUUUAUAGCGGUAUUCUAGGUGCUAGCGUGGGCGCCCUUGAACCAGCAGUAUCGUCAACAGUCUCUUCGUCUGGUACAGCGUCCAGUGGCGCAGGUGCGUCGACAGCGUCAACCUCAAGCGGUAUUGUGGGGAGCGGGACAGGAGCGCAUGUGGAAUCAGGCUUCAAAACAGGCUUUCAAAAGAGCUCAAAAAAGGCGAAGAUGGGAACAGGCCGAGCUCGAAAAAGCAGCAUGUCUUUGCCCGACUCUGGGCGUGAUGCCUGGACCGGGCAAGAUGACACCAUCCUUAAGAAACUGUUCGAACUCUACGGUGCCAACUGGACUCUCAUCGCGCAGGUCUUCAAUUCGACUACUGCGGUCUCUCGAUUCGUCUGUAAAAAGCGCUCACCUCGGCAGUGUUAUGACCGCUACGGCAAGAUAAUUUCUUGUGGUCUCGCUGCAGUUUCAAGCGGGGCUUCUGCUAGUGCAAUGGUAGCUAUAACGACCGAAAGCAAGCCCGGCGUUUCUGUCAAAGUCCAGCGUGCUACAAGUGUUGCGGCCGCAGUACUGGACACGCGCAUCGGAUUGACGCGUAACGAAUUGCUUGUGAAGUUCCCACAACGUUAUUCUCUACCUGGCAUACCGCCACCUUCUAUCGCGAGCGCACCGAGCCGGAAAGGAUUGACGCUCGCCUAUAGACAAAGACAAGUGGUGGCUGAUGCUGAUGCUGGCACAAAGGCAAUAUAUACGAAUGCUGGAGCCCUGGAGGACUUAGGGUCAAUAAGAGCCUCAUUUGACGCGAUUAUCCAAUGCGUGAAGCGCAAGACGUCACCACCACCGAUUCCAAUUCCUGUUGAAGCUAGUUCUGCGACGCCCGGGCCGACCGCGGCGCCACCUGCUGCAAGCUCAACGGACUUGGGUACAAAGGCGUCACUCACAGCUGCAUCGUUUCCAUCUUCUCACGUCUCAACUUCUAGUUCAGCCCCAUCUACUCCAACUAAAGCAAGCGCAAAAGUGUUUAGAAAAGCUUCCGUCUCACCAGUCACGGCCACAAAGUCGAAUCGUGUGGUGGUGCCGCCGCCACACAAGUCGUACACGGACAUGGUUUCGCUUCUUCCAGGAGCUGUGCUUAGCCCAGACGAAGUAAUUAAGCGCAGCAAAGAGGCGGCCGUUGUGGCUGUACAAGCGGCAGCGGUCGUGGCUUCCACUGGGCGUGACGGGUCGCCACUUUCAGCGAGUGGCGACGUGAUGCUGGGUGCUGGCUCGGGUUUCGGAGUCUCUGUGAGUACUUCAAUGCCACGCCGCUUGCAUGCUGCAAGUCUCACAAGCGAAGCAAAUGCUGUUGGUGUAAUGUCCACUUCGACAAUGCCAUCUACGGGCGCGGCGAGCGUAGGAGCAGCUGUUACCACAGCUCCAGCAGGUACCCAAGCACAAACCAUAACAGCAGCGACAACAGCAGCGUGGGGUGGGGUGGUGCAUGGUGUGGGUGCGAAUGAAGCCAAUGCGGGUCUGGCCGUGGAUAUCGCGACUGCCUCACGUGAAGCGCAGCGUAAUGCACCAAUGCCCGUGACCACGUCGACGUUGUUGCAUGUCCUGGACCGCAUGCCCGAGGUAAAGAACAAGAUUCAAUUAAUCCUGAACCGCACAGACUGUUCCGAGUCGCAGAAGGUGGCGAUGAUCGCUCGAUUGUUGAGCAACACGAACGCCAUCAACAACACGAACGCGCUCGGAGCAUCCGGCCCAAUGCCUCUGCCUGACGUGUCGUCUGCGAGCAGCUCUGCGGUGUUGUCGGCGCUAACUGCUGACCUGAGCUCGUCCAAUAGAUCCAUCGGUACGAAGACGCCAAUCCCGAUGCCAGCGUCACUGGACCAAAUGUCGCCGACGUUGAACACGUCGUCCACGCGAGCUCCGCCGGGACAGAUCCAGCAGCCACCACCAGCGAAGUAA